AUGAGUGGGACGGAUAUCGUGUCUGUGAGUGUGUGGAUAUCCUGUCACAGUCACACGAGGGGGAGGAAACCUCGGUGCUGUGGUCCUCCCCUCCUGCUGCCUGGGUAUAAGCCCGCAGGUCGGCUGAGGUACGUCCCCACAGACAGGAUGCACUCCACGUACUGCUCCUCUGCCAGACCAUCGACACUCACAGUGUUGUGUGUGCAGAUCAUGUGUCUGGCAGGCUGGCCCCUGUCCUCAGAGGCAACCAGACUCCGCUGUGGUUCGGAUCUCCUCAGUGACCUCAUAUUUGUGUGUGGUGAUCGUGGGAUAUAUUUAGGUAAAGGUACGUGGUCUGGUUACGGUGGUCGGCCCAGAGGGAAGGGGAUAGUCGAUCAGUGCUGCCGAACAGGGGGCUGUGACCUCCAGCAUCUGGAGAAGUACUGUGCCAAACCAAAGAGCCAGGAACUUACCACCGCUGGGCCAGCCACAACCACAACGGCACAAACCACGACACAGCAAGAUAUGGCACAGCAGUUCGAAGCAGUAUUUCACAAGAAACUUUUAGAGCACCUGGGCACUCCCGACAGUCCAAAGAGGGAAGCGUACAGAAAGAGAAAACAGCCCCAAAGGAAAAACAAAGUUUCCUCAUCAAAAAGGAGGAUUAAACCAGCACAUCCAACAGGCCUCCCUCACCCUGUGACAGAGCGAUGAGACUCAACUCUUGACCUCUGACCUCAUGUAGAUAUGCAUAUUUAUAGUUACCGGAUCGGAAUCAGAGGAUGAAAGUUCAUCGAGACGAAACAGACAGGAGACGAGGAGUAACGACGUGAGAACAUUGAAAAUGUUUACGACAAAGCAGGGCAGCAAAACAUUCCCCAUCACUGGCCUCAUGCAAAUUCAAAUUUUAAGUCAAUACAUUAUAUCCCACACAUUUUCUCCUGGACAAUAAUGUGUUUUCAUUUCAGUUGUUUAGGUUAAACAGUCUUUGUCCUACAUUAAUAUGACAUGAUUCUCAGUUUGAUUUGCACAGAUACAGCCUUACAGAAACCUUUUGCUUUUAUACUUUGAGUACAUUUCAAUACUUUUACACUUUAACUUCAGUAAAGAGGUUGAACUAUGCUCUUAUCUUUACUUGAGUCAUUUUCAACGAAGGCUGUCUGUCUGUGGUCUGAAUGAUGAUGUUAGUUUGUCAUGAACCUGGUCAAACCUUUCUACUGUCUGAGACGAACCCGUCCCUCCUGCCUGCAUCUCUGUACCUGCAGACAGUUACUAUACAGCAGCAGAGGACAGAUACUGACUCAUGUCUCAUGUAACAUUAUUUAGUUGUUGUGUCAGAUUCUCCAAAUCAUGUUUUACACAGUGAAUAUGUUGUACUGGAGCUUCCACAGUAACAUUUAUACGAUUCAUAUAUUUCUCCACAUCAUAUCUGUAGUUCAUCUUGUCACUGAAUCCUUUUCUCCUCUGUGUGAAGAUUCAUUCUUUGUUUUGGAAUUCCUCAUUUUCAUUUAAAUUAUUCACUGCAUGUUAAUAAUCAUGCAGUUGCUUUGUGAGCCACUGCAGCAAAUGACGUUUCCUUGUUAGUCAGUUUCACAUGUAUAUAAAAUCUAGGAUAGUCUGGGAUGCUUAUCAGUUAUAUACAUUUAUUACAUCUGUUCACAUGCAUUGGUCCUUUUGUACUUUUUCACGGUACUUUGACGGAGUGAAGUCAUUAGCAGGGCAGAAUGUUCUAAUGUUUGAGUAUUUAUUAAAUGGUUCUUAUUGAACUUGUCAUUACUACUUCAGUGGUUUCCUCUGUCUGUAAUUAUCUUGUAUGUUGUAUAUUUUUCAUAUUGUGGGUAUGAACAGGUUUUAUG